AUGAUCUCUCAAGCCCUGGUGCUUCUCGCCGCGUCUCUCACCGAGGCCGCGCCAGUCCUCAAGCAAGGUAAAGCGUCUACCGCUGAUGUGUCGAAAAUCGGGACUCAGGAGAAGCUGUUCCCCUACCUAGCCGGUUCGGGUCCCCACUACGACUAUCCGCUCAGCUACGGUAUCCCCAAGGAGAUUCCCGAGCAGUGUACGCUGCAGCAGGUGCAGCUGUUCGCGAGACACGGUGAGCGUUACCCAACCCAGAACAAGGGUAAGGCCAUCGCUUCCACUUACAAGAAGCUCCACGACUUCAAUGGCACGUUCACCGGCGCCUUGGAGUUCCUCAACGAGGACUACGAGUUCUUCGUUCAGGACACCGCGAAUUACGAGGAGCUGACCACGUGGGACAACAUCCUUGACCCUAUCAACCCUUACGUGGGCGAGCUGGACGCUCAGAAACACGCCCGCCAGUUCCUGUUCCAGUACGGCGAGCUGCUAGAGAACCACACUUCGUUCCCUAUCUUCACCUCAAACUCCAAGCGUGUGCACGACACCGCGAACUUUUUCGCCAAGGCUCUGGGCGACCGUUACAACGUCAGCCUGCAGAUCAUCGAUGAGGACCCUUCGAUGGGCGCCAACACCCUGACUCCUAUCGAGUCCUGUACUGUGUACAAUGAGUCCGAGCAAGCCGACGUCAUGAAUGAGUACUCUGACGCCUACCUGGUCAACCUCGCCGGCCGUCUAAACACCGAAAACAGUGGUCUGAACUUGACCAAGAGCGACGCUCUGAACUUGUUCUCUUGGUGUGCGUUCGAAGUCAACGUCAAGGGUUACAGCAACAUCUGCGACGUGUUCACUGCUGAUGAGUUGGUUUCUUUCGCUUACUACGACGACAUGACCAGUUACUACGAGGAUGGUCCAGGUAACUCUCUAGGCUCUACCGUCGGUGGCGUCAACUUCAACGCCUCGGUCGAACUGCUCAAGCAGCACGAAGAGCUUGACAACAAGGUUUGGUUGAGUUUUACCCACGACACUAACAUCGUCAACUACCUGUCUGCCAUCGGCCUCUUCGACGACGGUAACAAAUUACCAACUGACCACGUUCCUAUCCAGAACCACGUCUACCACAAGUCAUGGAUGGUUCCUCAAGGUGCUCGCGUUUACACUCAGCUAUACCAGUGUGGUAACUCCUCUUACGUUAGAUACGUUGUCAACGAUGUCACCAUUCCUAUCGAGACUUGCCAGUCUGGUCCUGGCUUCUCCUGUGAGUUGAACGACUUUGUCGAUUACGCUUCCACCCGUUUGGAGGGCCAAAACUACAUCGAGAACUGCAAAAUCUCCUCAAGCAGCAACCAGACCUCGUUGACCUUUUACUGGGACUACACCCAGAAGACUUACAACGCCAGCCUGAUCCACAGUUAG